CUACUACUACCUUUUCCCUCUCUCAGGUGGCAGGAAGGGCCACCGCGCCGGCCAGCCAAGCCAGCCGGUGCAGUGCGUGUUGGGAUGAUGAGAGAGCUGGACACUGUCAGCCCAGUGGUGUGGCCCGCUUGGUGUUACUCAGGUGAAGGUGGUACCGAAGGCGAAGCCACCACGGAGACACCAAAAUCACGGAAGCGGCGUGCACAACAGGCAGCCGCACCCCUUAGCGGGGACAUGGCUGAAAUGAAGACGGAGAGGGUAAGUCCCGCGCCGUCUCCCAGCGGCGCUAACCUGCCCGCUCUUAAGCACAUGGAACAAAUGAUGAACCGCAACUACAGCGAUUUCAUGCGCAGCCUGGCAGCCAAGUACAACAACUCUAAUCCAAAUGACUACUUUAGCUGCUCAAGAAACGGCUACCUUAAAUCAGGUCCCUUCCCCGAAGCGGCGACCUCUGCACCCGAGGUGCCCACCCCGAAGGUCUCCAAGCCAGGCGAGCCGUCGCCGAUUCUGCUGGGCCACCCUGCCCUCGGCUUCCCAGGCAUGAUGGACAUGAGCUCGACGCAGGCGCUGCUCAGCAUGGUGCGUUCCGCCAACCUUGAGCAGUACUUUAAGGGCAAACAGGGCCCUUUGGACCUGAGCGCAGCCGCGCCACACCUCGCCAAAAAGGUCCGCUCAGAGCUCAAGAGCGUUUCGCCAAAACCGCCCCCUCGCUCGGCCAGCUCUGGCAGCGCCAACAGUGGCCCUGCAGCCCCUGCCGGCCACACUUGCCCUUCCUUGUGCACCGACCGGCCUUGCGAGGGUCAGGGCGUCUCGCACUGGGGCGUCGAGGACGUGUGCAACUUUGUUGGCAGCAUCGACAUCUGCGAAGAAUACACGGAGGUGUUUCGAGAGCAGUCGAUCGACGGUUCGGCGCUGCCCCUGCUGACCGAGGAGCACCUGACCAACUCGCUGGGCCUGAAGUUGGGACCGGCGCUGAAGCUUCGAGCCACUUUGGCGCGCCGGCUCGGACACUGCGCGUCCUGUCUGCACUGCGUGCAUUGCCACGGCCGCGCCGCCUCUCCCUCCGCCACCCACGCGCUUUCGCCGCGCCACUCGGCGUCGCCACAGGCCCCGCUGGCGCCGCCGCGUGCCCCCAGUGCCGGUCCCAGCAGUUCGGCGUCGUGAAAAGCCAACUUGUACAUUGCUCAAUUAAUAAAAUUUGCGUCCCAUUGUCAGGUGAGAGAAAAUAAAAGAGAGUGCAGCGUGCGUGCUGUUGGCGGCGGAUUUGUUUGUCGCUACAUUUUUCCCAGCACGUUUUUCGUGAAUAUUUGUGCUAAAUUCUGAGCUAUAGAGUAGUUUCACUUUAUUGUUUUUAUUGGAACCUCAUUGCAUAAAUUAAUAUUUAUAUACCUUUUGGGUUUCAUGUCGCGAAAAUGCCUGAAAUAUAUCUCAAUAUAGAUUAGUCACUCUAGUUCUGCAUUCAUUUUUUCAUUUCAUGCAGAAAAAUCUCAUUAUGUUUUGCAAGAGGUGUAGAAUUUUAUAACAUAGAAAUGUUAAUAAAAAAAAAAUAAAAAAAUAAACUUGAAGAAAAUAAAAAUCUAAAUCGGCAACACGAAGUGAGUGCUUUUAUUUUAUUAAAUGAAAACUGCAUUUUUCUGAAUCUGAAUUUGAAGGUCAGAGUGAUCUUUUUAAAAGAUGAGAAACAGUAUCUGUGAUAAGAAUUGAAAUUACUUUAUAUUAUUUUUAUUGGCUAAAAUAAUGAUUUUUUUUUUAUUUAGCAAGAAAUAAGCACUCAAGGAGACAUUUGUGAAAAAAAAAAUUGGCCCAACCUUUGCCUCAAAGUUUUGCUUUUGACUCGUUAACUAUUCUUUCUACAAGAUUUCCCCAGUUCAAAUUAUGUAUUGAUCAAGAAGUUGUUUAUGGACCUUUCUGAAGUUCGUAUUUUAUUAUCGGUUCUCCAGAUUAUGUUUUCUUUCUUUUUUUUUUAUCACAUGCAAAAAGUUGAGACCGUUAUUUAUUAUUUAAUAAACAUCUAGAUUUAGUGUUAAAAAAGAUAUGAUUCCAAUUUUAACUUGAAACUAAUAAAAGAAUGAUUUAUAAUUGUUCAUGCAAGGCCCCAAAUCAUAAAAUACGUUUCAUUUUGCAAUUAGUUUACUUUAAGUUGUAUUUAUAAAUAUGUCAUAAACUUAUGAAAGUUUUGGACAAUGGAAGUAGUCGUAGAGAUUUCUUAAUUUUUUUUUUUGUAAAUAUUAAUGUUGUAGCAUUGUUGAUAUGAUUGAUGAGUUUGAAAUUUUUGAAAUUGAGAUUAUAAUUGUUACAUAUUUAACACCAGCGGUGUAAAACACAAAGAUGCAACUUUCUCAUUUUCGAUUUGAACACAAACAUUUUGAAAAAGUUCAAUUCUUUUAAAAAUAAUGUGGAACUGGCUAUCUGCACAAAGAACACUCCAAUUUAAUUUACUUGAGCGCUCUUGAAAUUUACUCCAUAUUUCUAUUCUUACAAUCAAAAAUUCCAGAAGUAUGAAAAUUAUGAAAAAAUUUUGUGGUUUCAUUGAGGCUCAUGAAUUGAGAACGCGAUUUCCACUCAAUGAGAUGAGUUCGUCUAACUAAAAAUUAGAGCAUUUUUGAAAAUUUUUAUUGCGCGCUCUGAAUAUUAAAAGAAAUAUGUAAAAAACAGUAAAAAAAAUGCGGAUUAAAUC